AUGAUAGAUCUAAAACGAGACGUGAACGAAUGCUCCGCUGCUAAUGGUGGUUGUUUGCAGACUUGUACAAACUAUUUUGGGAGUUUCCAGUGUUCAUGUGGAAUCGGCUACACCUUAAAUGUUGAUGGAGUUUCUUGUGACGAUAUUAAUGAAUGCUCCGUAGCAAAUGGAGGCUGCGGGCAGAAUUGUAGCAACACCAUCGGGAGCUUUCAGUGCAUCUGCGGUACGGGAUACGCAUUGAAUGUCGACGGUUUUGCAUGUGACGAUAUAAACGAAUGCAACACAGCAAAUGGCGGAUGUUCUCAUGUUUGUGACAACACCAUCGGUAGUUUUGAGUGCUUCUGUAACACAGGCUAUAUGCUAGAUGUUGACGGGUUUGCCUGUUCUGACUUUAAUGAAUGUAACACCGCAAACGGAGGUUGUGGUCAGUUCUGCAACAACACCAUCGGGAGCUUCAACUGCUACUGCGCACCUGGCUACAGUCUACGUGUGGAUCGCUUUACUUGUACCGGCUUUGGUCCGGUUUCACAGCUCUCGUGUACAUUUACCACAACUACUUCAAUAUCUAUCACUUGGAUCGAGCCAGUCCCUGACGUCAAAGGAUACGACAUAAUCUACAUACCUACACAUGGAUUCUUUCAGCCAUCCCCGAAGACACAUUUUAGAAGUCCCGGUGACACUACUGCAACAAUAUCCGGUUUGUUCAGCGGAGUGCAGUACUCUCUAUCAGUUUUUGCGUUUGGAUUGUGGAAUGACAGUGCGAAUGUCAGCACAGAGUGCAUAACUGGACUCCCACCUCCCAUCAACAUCAGCCUCAGUCUGGCUAGCCGUGAGUCGGUUGUUGUUCGUUGGUCGAAGCCUGCUCGAUCACUGGUGCUUGGUUACAGGGUGUGGCUGGCAGACAAGGAAACUAUGAUCGUUGCUUCUUCGCGGCAUCUUCCCCAGUCAGCUGUGUCGGCUGCCUUCACUUCCCUCGUCCCUGCUACAGAGUACGUGGUGGCGGUAAGCUGCAUCAGCACCUUCGUUCAGGGACCACAAGCAGACGUGACAAUAAUAACAGAGACCGACCCUCCAUUUAAUCUAUUUGUGGACGACGUACGUAACAACAGGUUAGCCCUGUUUUGGACGCCACCAGUUGCCAAGCUCAUAGGAUACGAACUCCAGAUCGACAGCACAGGACAACGACGGAAACGAAGAUCCACAAGUACUAUCACCCUUCCCGGUAGCAGCGAUAGCUAUUUGAUCCAGGAUCUAGUCCCUGCCACCCAAUACGUGCUCAGCCUGACGGCGGUCAGUCGAUUUGCGCGGAGCACAGCUAUGACCACAACGGGCAUUACAGGUAUGAUCGAACAACUAGAAAAACAGUGA